AUGGAUUCCGUCUCGUCAAAACGGAGGCCCAGGUCGGGGGCCUUCCCCGGGAAGUUCAAAAGCUUCGUUAAUGAUGUAAAAAAGUUCAGGGUUCAUCGUCAUGAGAGAAAAGAGAACCAUGAAGUAUUGAUGGUGGGGUCUUCCCCUGCGCUUAUCCCUCAGUCCUUCCAGCCCUCCCAGGCCUCCCAGGCCUCUGAAGUCCCCCCCAUAUCUGUCUCUGAAACAACCGUCCCCGAGAUCAACAUCCCAGAUAUCGAUGAUCCCGAUAUUGAUAAUGCCGAGAUUGAUGAUCCGGAGGUCAAUAUUCCAAAGAUCGAAACUCCCGAGCCGAAGCUACUGUCCUCAUCGCAAAGUUCUCUUCCUGUAGCAAGUCUCGCCGUGCAGGUCACUAUCACUUUUGAUGAGCCAUUGAAUUAUUCGUACAGUCGUAGCUAUGAGACUUCCCCCGAUUUCUUGGCCACCGACGCAUUAUGCCAAGGUCUAUUGCGACGGGCUGAUCACUGUUGCUACGAGUUGAUCACUCGCAAAGACUCGACCGCCAUGGAAUAUGCAGCCGCAAGUGGUCCGGAUAAACCAUUAAGAUAUGAGAUCCAAAUCGAUAUUAUUCGGGGUUGGUCCGAGAUAUGGUCUUCCAGGACCUUCAAGUCAUAUCAAAAGCAGGCCCUAUCAAACGAAGCCGCAAGGGAGAUUAUCACAUCGACUCAUCACAUAAUAGGGUUGUUUUUAAAGCACCACGAUCAGAAUUUUGUCAUGAAGGAGGGUUUCGUAAGAGAAGACCCGUUAGACGAACAGGCGAAGUUCCCACAUCGGGCCGGACGUGUUCAGCCUAUGUCGUGCGUACCACGCUCCCACUUCCUGGAGAAAUCACAAUCUUUCGAAUCGCUACCCGGUUAUACGAUCAACUUCUCCUUCACGAGUCGAUGUCAGCGUCGAAAGCCACACGAAUGGCAUACGAAAAUCAAAGUUGACAGUGAACAAGCAGCACCACUGAAUUCGAUCGGGGCAGAGAACUUACUCUUCGAGGCAUCUUACGCAUUAGACGGCGUUUUGCGAUCAGAAAGAGAGACAUUUCAAAAUAAACACAGCACUUGUGUGAACUUGGAUGGAUGUAAAGACUGUCGUCAUCAUGAUAAUGAUGGGUUGGAGUUGCAACUUUCGAUUGCGAAUAAUCUCGGCCCUCAAUUCCUUCACCUAGAGCGGACUGUACACUGCAAUAGCAACCUCUCCUUUCAUUCUGAUACCGAAAAAUGUGUGACAUUUACCAACCAAGUAGAAGUUGCUCUCGCUGGAGUUCGAGAUGGUGCCGAUAAGGUCAUUAGUCGAAUGAACGAUCUUGAAUUCAGGAUUACAGAACUUCGUGGCCAUGGCUGGGCGCUGGAUGAGCCGCUCAUUUUUACCCUACCUUCUGCCGAUUUCCAUCCCCGGAGAGAUAUCGAAGCGAUACUAGAUAGAAUUCAGGCCAGCGUUGCAGAAAUACUUCGAGGUAAUGCUAUAUCCGUUCGAAUGACUGCGCAUAAGCGAGGCCAUUUUAUUUUGGACAAGACUUUCGUGGCCAGAGAACCCCUUGAGAAGGAAGAAAAGAAGAAGACCAAACCAACUGGGAAGCCAAAGGAUUAUGUAUUGAAACGGCUGCAACAGCGCGUUGAGCGGGCUAUUGAAAUGGUCUGCAAAGAUACCUUGACAGUUGAAGAUGCAGAAGAGAGGAACGAAGAUGCUGGAAAGGAAGCUUCCAUUUUGGAACAGAGGCCGCUUACUCGAGAUACUCGGAAUACAGACGCUACAACCUUUAUAAGCAGACCUAAGACUGCUGAGUCUACCCCGAAAGACACUUCAGAACAGCACAAAGCCUCUUCAUAUCUAACAACGGAUGCAGAAGCUAGUGCCGUCGCUCCAAGCUCGAAGAGCGUGAUAGAGAACGAACAUCUAAGACCCUUUACUCCUACUCCUGAAGCUACCCCAAAAGCACAUUCCGCACCAUCGUCGCCGACCCGUCGUCCUCCCAUUCCCAUACGGCGAUCGUCGAUGGUCCUAUACUACUCAAAAACGGGUGCUCGAGCCUUCCCAUUAGUGCCAUGGGCGCAUAGUUACGGAGAACUCGAAGGCUUAGGCGAGAGGAAAUCACAGCAGGAUAUAUUCGGUCAGCAGGAAACCAGCAACUUACUACACAAGCCAUCGACGCUGACUUCCCAGCAAAGUAUUCUAAAACCUGGGGAGCCCAAAGCGAAAGAGGCGGCUGUAACAGCAAACCAAGAGAAAGGAGUAGAGUCGACCCCAAUUUAUGAGCAUUCGAUUGCUUCGACACCUAGUCUAGUAUUUGGGGGCGACUCUUCUCCUGGUAGUAGUCUUUUGAUAACUCCUAAGACGCAUCGUCUUAGUGCCGAGGUGGACUACCAUAAGAAUGCAAUUCUCGACAGCGACGACGAAGAUGUUAGGGAGUUAGGGAACAUGAGUGUGGAAGCGCAACAGGAUCUGCGUAAAAGCCAGCUAUUCCGUACGCCAUCUCCACAACUCACCACGAAACCGGCAAGCUCAUCGCCACUUCGCGUGAGCGAAACCAUACAAAGCCAAAGCAGUAUUUCCCUUUCGGAGAGCGAUAAAGUGUCCCUGAAGAAUAGCACUAAAGGUGUCAACUCAAAGCCUAACCAGGAACCAUUGGUUAACGGGGCAGUUAAGAAUCCCGUUGUUGCUGUGGCACGUGUCGAGCAUACCGAAGUUGGCGUAUUAACGGCUCCUGUAGAUGAAAAACGUCUAGAUACAGGCAACACCAGCAUCGAAAGCGAGAGUUCGAACGAAGACACAUUCGCUCAAUCUAAACCAGGCUUCACCUUCUCAUCUCCGCCAGCAACCACCCCAGACGGUGGCAAUUCGGAGGGCGAAGACACCUCCCAACCAAGGCAAAGGGAGUCGAGCCCAGACCCCCCAUCCGAGGACGUGGACAUGUCGCUAUCCCAGGAGUCCCAUCAGCAAGCGCGCGGCUCCUUCGGAAGCGCGGGUAUCCUCGGUUUCCACGAGCAGAUGUUUGGCUCGCUCAGCCUACGGACCGCGCUGAUGCGCCACCGGCCAAGCUCUAACUUCGACGUUGCCGAGCUCGCGCGCGAGGAGAAGAGGCCCGGCACCGCGGCGUGA